CGGUUCUUGUCCGUAACCCAGGUUCCGGUUGCCAUUUUUCUUGCAAGACCUACCGCCAUGUACCAUUCUCUCGGUGCGGACGAUUCCCUGCCGGUAAUAUCAACAAACGAAGGCCGGGGCGAGAGCCUCAAGACUGUUCCCGCUCUUAUGGAACACCUGUCAACGGCUAGAUGGCGUGCUUGGAUGUAUCCCGAAGGCGCCCACGAGCUUGAGAAGGAGCUCGAACAAGCUUUCGGUCAGGCAGUGAUGCGUGUGGUGUAUGCCUACCUUUUUCAAGAGGGGAUGCGCAGUAAAACGAUCAAGAUGUUCUCUCGCGGGUUACCGCUGUGGCAACGACUGCUCAUGCCCACGCUUGGGGUGGGUCUGGUGAACACGAUGAAUAACCGUUUGCGACUGGAAGGGGGGAUAAGGAGCAACAUGAAGAUCAUCGAGAAAACAUUCGGAUUGGUGGAGCGCUUGCUCUCCGACGGGCGGGCCUACCUAUGCGGCGACAGCAUCAGCGCAGCGGACAUUACUUUCGCAGCUCUGGCGUUCCCUGUCCUUCUCCCUGAAGAGACCGCCGACGUGUUUGUGGAGUACGAUCCGCGUCUGCUUCCUCGAGGAUAUGUGGAAGUGAUCAAGAGCCUACGCUUUCGCGAGGGAGGGGCAUUUGCUCUCCGGUUAUACCGCAACAAACGAACUCGAAAGGGCAGCCCGGUCACCCCCCUUCGCUCGUCUCGCAGAGGACGCAGCUUUACUCUCAAGAAGAACGUCAACAGUCCCUUGCACAACCUGUCCAGCCGGCGGGGUGACAGACGGGCGACAGUCACACAUCCAAGACACGUGGAGCUGCAGAUGCCGUUGACUCCUCCGAAGCAUAGAGCUAGCUUCGCCGCCUAGUUGAGUCUACGAUACCAUAUUUAUUUGUCAGGAUGGCGUCAGCGUUGGUGUUUGUGUCUUGAAAAUUACUGUAUAGACUAGAAUUGUGGUGCCUCUGCGAGAGAAACAAAUGAAUCCUCUCGAAGGGUUGAACUUUCAUAUUGGGCUCAACAGUAUUGCGGGAAAACACAAGAGGGCCGGUCCAGAGGGCGAUCGUGCUUCGUGUGGUUUCUUGCACUUUGUGGCUAGCAGGUUAAUGGCUGUGUCGAACCCGCGUGGAUGAGUACGUAAGGGGUUGAGCUCGUUCAGAGUUCACAGUACGGUACAAGAUUCUCAAAUACUUCAAAACGAGUGCUGCGUUGUUCCUAAUGCACCGCCGGUACUACGCUCGAAG